UGAUGAGAACUCCAGGAACAAGCAGAGGAACUAACAGCACCGUUCUUUGGGGGGGAAAAAAAGAAGAAACGGUUACAACCAUGAAAAGCAUCAACUUCCUGGCUGGUAUCCUUCUGGUCCUUGGCUUUGUCCAGGGCAGCUGGCAGGUUCCUCUACUUGAGGCUGAUGACAACUCAAGUUUCGAGGCAGACGACACAUUAGGGGACGAGGCAAGGGAGGUGUCGAACAUGAAGAGACACUCAGAGGGAACUUUCUCAAACGACUACAGCAAAUACCUGGAGGACAGGAAGGCGCAGGACUUCGUUCGGUGGCUGAUGAACAACAAGAGGAGCGGGGCUGCAGAAAAGCGCCAUGCAGACGGGACCUUCACCAGUGACGUGAGCUCCUACCUCAAGCAACAGGCAAUCAAAGACUUUGUCGCCAGGCUCAAGGCUGGACAAGUCAGAAGAGAGUAGGCUGUCCCUCCUUCCUCCUCCUCCUCCUACAGUUCCAAAAACCUUUAAAGGCCUACCUACCUACCUGUGUCUGAUUCCACCAUGACAAGAGAGACAGAGAGCUA